AUGGAAACCCAGAGGAACUGCCGGCUGCUCCUGCUCCUGCUCCUUUGCAGUGGGCUCUUCUCACGGACAGUGGCGCGGGCUCCCCACGCAGCCCCUUCUGCUCUGGGGUUGGGUGACAGAUUGCCCUAUGAAGGAGCAGAUGAACCUGAUCAGGCUUCAUUAAAAGCAGACACUGACAUCUUGCAAAAUGCAUUAGCUGAAAAUGACACACCCUAUUAUGAUGCAUCCAGGAAUGCCAAACAUGCUGAUGCAGUUUUCACCAAUGACUAUAGCAGACUCUUGGGUCAACUUUCUGCCAAAAAAUACCUUGAGUCUCUUAUUGGAAAACGAGUUAGCAAUGACUUCUUUGAAGACCAGGGACCAAUCAAACGCCACUCCGAUGCAGUCUUCACUGACAACUAUACCCGCCUUCGAAAACAAAUGGCGGUGAAGAAAUACUUGAACUCAAUUCUGAAUGGAAAGAGGAGCAUUGAGGGGGAAUCUCCUGACUUUCUUGAAGAGCUAGAAAAAUGAUGAAAAGGAUCUUUGAAUAAAGG